GGCAUUUCAUCUACAGCCGUCCCUGAAGUACUCCAUAAUCCAGCGUAAGAUUCCGAAUGGUUUGCAAACGGUUGCUAAUGGGUAAUUUGCAGGAUGUCUGCCCAGCCGAUCACGUUUCCAUAUCCCAUCGACAAGUCUUGCACUGUCAAUGUUGACUUCAAGGGCAAUGAAUAUCUUCUACGCUGGGACGGUGACUGGAAGAAGCUACCAGAUUUGACACGGUUUCCACGUGUGGACGACGCUUCUGUUUCUCUAAUACCGCAUAGCUCAAAUGUUCAUAAGUUAUGGACAACGUCUCGACUCUUGAAAUAUGGAGCGGAUUCCCAUAUAAGGGCUUUGGAUUCUUGCACAGACGGAUUCCCAAUCUGCAAAGUCGCGAUUAAUGAUCGUCAAAGACGCUUACUUCGGGAGGAGUUCGCAAUUAUCCGGCAUUUAUCGUCAAACGAAGUUCCUGUUGUUCGUACACAUCGAGAGCCAUUAGUCGAUGAACAAGGCAUCUUUGGAUUCAGAAUGGAGAGACUCGUCGACAUUGAUUUGGGCAAUGCAGCGGAGUAUAUACACGAGAUUGAAAAGGCAAUCGAAGAAGUGCAUCGAGGUGGUGUUGUGCACCAUGACAUCUCUCCAAGCAAUCUAAUGCUGAAUCAGGAAGGGUUCAUUACUGUCAUCGACUUCGGUCGGGCUGGAUACAUUGGGCAGGAGGUACCUGAAGUCUUUAGAGCAAAGGAGAAUGAGAUUUUCUCAGUUGAUUCUGACAACAAUGCUUUGGAAAGAACCAUCGGCAGUGUUCCGAGUAGUCCAGUCCGUCCGUAAUUAUAACAGUGGCAUAUCGUCCUUCACUAGCUUGUGUUGCAUCUGAGAAGGCCUGAAGGAAGUAGAUCAACUUCUUAAGAUCCUCCCAUUCGCUUGGUGAUAACGUAUCGUCUUGCAAUAAGUCCCUAUUCUUAAAGCAAUAGAUCUAGAUGGCCUCGAUCGAUUUCAAAGCUCUAGCUAGCAUCCGGAACCACGAAUUCCACCGUGUUACAUUAUCCCGGAUUAGUCCAAGCCCGUUAGAUUCAGCAAGGAC